AUGCUUAAAGAUCUAGCUUUAGAUAAAGAUGAUUAUGAUUAUGGAAAUGUUAUCGAUGUACAAGUUGAUAUUGACAAGGAAUGGACUGAAGAGAUAUUGGGACAGUAUCUAAAGGAUGCUGGUUUUGUUAGAGGUUCAGACAACACACCAAGCAACAAGGCAAGGUUGACACCAGUCUGCGUUGUUUUUGCAAACAGGGUGUUUUUGCAAGUAGCAAGUUUUCAAAACAAAGAUGAAGCCUUACAGGUUCAACGCUCUGGCAACGGUUUAGAAGACUACAACAAGGCCUUUAAGGCUAUUGGAUCGCCAAUCCUCAAAUUAUUGUACCCCUUUCUUCCACCAUCUAUCAUUUGGUUGGCAACGCUCCUUGUAGUUGGGGCAUAUAUCACGGGGUUACCUGGGUAUGGUCGUGGAACACUGCCAAACACCGUCAAACGCUGUCUUGUCGCGAUGAACAGAGAGAUACCACGCAACCAUUCCAACCUCAUGGACAAGAUUAUGUAUGUCUGGAAUAGAUUCCAUUGUCUACCAGAUUACCAAAGACUAGUUGAAUGGAAUCAAGCCAAGUUGACACAGUAUCUCAAAAACAACACCCUUAGACAAUACAGCACCACUAGAUACCCAUCAACCCAAGACAACUGGGAUCGUAUCGUCAUUCUCUGUAAACUGAUGACUACUCUGAUUGUCGUACCCAAUAAUCCACAACACUACUCACCAGAGUUUGCAUUGAAUUUUCUUCUAGAAGGUGAGAGUGCCCAAUCGGCAAUGAUCAGAAUGGGCCGAAUGGCAUUACCCCAUUGGGAUCAACAGGACAAGUGGGUGGGUAAUUCGAUUGCCUCGCUUCAGGAAACUGUUACCUAUUUAGUGAAUUUGGUCAAUCAGCAAAUCGAAGCCAAUUACGGACUCUCUACCCAAUCACAUUGUCAUACAAUGUCUGUUAAUUUCAUCAAUUCAACAUUUGGUAUGUUUUAUUAA